CUCUGCUGCUUCUGGAAGAGAAGAGUGCACUCACUCAUUGUACAUCUUUUCGACGCCGCUAUCAUUUCUUUCCUCAUAAAGGAAUCAAAAUGCGUGAGUGUAUAUCAGUUCAAGUAGGUCAGGCUGGAGUCCAGAUGGGCAAUGCAUGCUGGGAACUCUACUGUCUGGAGCACGGGAUCCAGAUGCCCAGUGACAAGACCAUUGGAGGAGGAGACGACUCCUUCAACACCUUCUUCAGUGAGACUGGAGCUGGAAAGUACGUCCCCAGGGCUGUGUUUGUAGAUCUGGAGCCACUGUCAUUGAUGAGGUGCGCACAGGAACUUAUGUAACAGUAUAACUUUAGACCGUCCCCUCGCCCAUACCCGGGCACGAACCAGGGACCCUCUUCACACAUCAACAACUGACACCCACAAAGCAUCGUUACCCAUCGCUCCACAAAAGCUGC